UUUCUCUGAGCGGAGGGGUGAGACACACAGCACACCCCAAACAGUGGCUCUCCACUCCAGCAAACGCGUUUAUUUUACGCGUUUGUCAGUCAUUCAGCUCGCUAAAGUGCGUCUUAACAUCGCGUCAGGAGUUCAGCGGUCAUAUAACGCGUGUUACUGCGCGCGGAUCUAUUUCCCACCGCGGAGGAAUCUGUCCCGCAGCUCACGCACAAACCGGCUAAAGAGAAAGAGAGAGAGUGAGAAAAUAGAAAGUUGGAGAGAGCAGCUACACAGUGAUUUGCGGAUUAUCGGUGUGUAACGGGACCGCAACACGCAUCUGUCCGGCAGCGCAGCAGAAUGACGCAGAUUCUACCUAUCCGCUUCCAGGAGCAUCUGCAGCUGCAGACGUUGGGAGUGAAUCCCGGCAGCAUCAGUUUCAGCUGUCUGACUAUGGAGUCUGACCGCUUCAUUUGCAUCAGAGAGAAAGUGGGUGAUCAGAACCAGGUGGUAAUCAUCGACCUGAACGACCCCACCAACCCGAUCCGACGGCCUAUCACAGCGGACAGUGCCAUCAUGAACCCGGCCAGCAAAGUCAUUGCGCUGAAAGCGGGACGAACGCUACAGAUCUUUAACAUCGAGUUGAAGAGCAAAGUAAAGUCUUAUACCAUGAAAGAAGACGUCCUCUUCUGGAAGUGGAUCUCUGUUAACACCAUUGCUUUGGUUAUGGACACGGCUGUAUAUCAUUGGAGCAUGGAGGGAGACAGUCAGCCAAUCAAAAUGUUCGAUCGUCACGCCAGCCUCGCUGGAUGUCAGAUUAUCAAUUACAGAACAGACGAUCAGCAGAAAUGGCUACUGCUCAUCGGUAUAUCAGCUCAGCAAAAUCGUAUUUUAGGCGCCAUGCAGUUGUUCUCUGUGGAUCGUAAAGUAUCUCAGCCCAUUGAAGGUCACGCUGCAGCGUUUGGAGUCUAUAAACUGGAUGGAAACCCAAAUCCUUCAACUCUCUUCUGCUUUGCUGUCAGGGGGCAAGCUGGUGGAAAGCUGCACAUCAUUGAGGUCGGUCAACCCCAGGCAGGUAAUCAACCCUUUACUAAGAAAGCAGUGGACGUCUUUUUCCCCCCUGAAGCUCAAACAGACUUUCCUGUAGCCAUGCAGGUCGGUGCUAAGCAUGGCGUUAUCUACCUCAUCACUAAAUAUGGUUAUUUCCACAUGUAUGAUCUGGAGUCAGGCACGUGUAUAUACAUGAAUCGCAUCAGUGCUGAAACCAUAUUUGUAACAGCUGCUCACAGCAGCACGUCUGGAAUCAUUGGGGUCAAUAAAAAGGGUCAGGUGCUGUCUGUAUGUGUUGAGGAGGAGAACAUAGUGAAGUAUGUAACAAGUGUGCUGCAGAAUCCUGAACUCGCCCUGCGGAUGGCGUUACGCAGUGACCUCUCUGGAGCCGAAGAGCUCCUCGUACACAAAUUCAACACACUGUUCUCUCAGGGCAACUACACUGAAGCCGCCAGAAUCGCUGCCGCAGCUCCCAGGGGAGUUUUACGAACUGCAGAGACCAUCCACAGGUUUCAGUCGGCACCGCCUCAGGGUGGACGGCCGUCUCCACUGCUGCAGUAUUUCGGCGUUCUUUUGGAUCACGGGCAGCUGAAUAAACUGGAAUCGCUGGAGCUCUGCAGGCCCGUACUGGAACAGGGCAAAACCCAAUUAUUGGAGAAAUGGCUGAAGGGAGAAAAGCUGGAGUGUUCAGAGGAGUUGGGCGAUCUGGUGAGGUCCGCUGACAUCACGCUAGCGCUAAGCGUUUAUCUCCGAGCAAACGUUCCCGCCAAAGUCAUUCAUUGCUUUGCAGAGACAGGACAGUUUCAGAAGAUCAUUCUCUAUGCUAAAAAGGUUGGAUAUUCUCCAGACUGGGUGAUGUUGUUGAGGAGCGUGAUGAGAUCAAGUGCUGAUCAGGGCCUUCAGUUUGCACAGAUGCUUGUUCAGGAUGAACAGCCGCUGGUCAGCGUCAGUCAGGUGGUGGAUGUCUUUAUGGAAGGUAAUCUAGUCCAGCAGUGUACUUCAUUUCUAUUGGACGCUCUAAAGAACAACAGGCCGGAGGAGGGGCCUAUACAGACACGCCUCCUUGAGAUGAACCUCAUUCACGCCCCUCAGGUUGCAGAUGCAAUACUGGGUAAUCAGAUGUUUACGCAUUACGAUCGAGCACACAUCGCUCAACUGUGUGAGAACGCCGGAUUGCUACAGAGAGCACUGGAACACUACAGCGAUCCGCACGACAUCAAACGAGCCAUCGUACACACGCAUCUGCUCAAUCCUGAGUGGUUGGUGAAUUUCUUCGGCUCUCUGUCUGUGGGUGAUUCUGUCGAGUGUUUAAAGGCCAUGUUGGCUGCAAACCUCAGACAAAACCUACAACUGUGCGUUCAGGUCGCGACCAAAUAUCACGAGCAGCUGGGAACUCAAACCCUAGUGGAGCUUUUUGAGACUUUCAAGAGUAAUGAGGGUCUGUUUUAUUUUUUGGGCUCCAUCGUGAACUUCAGUCAAGACCCUGAUGUUCAUCUAAAGUACAUUCAGGCUGCAUGUCGGACCGGUCAGAUUAAAGAAGUGGAGCGGAUCUGCAGAGAGAGCAGCUGCUAUAACGCCGAACACGUCAAGAACUUCCUCAAGGAAGCCAAACUGACGGAUCAACUGCCUCUAAUCAUCGUGUGCGACCGCUUCGAUUUCGUUCACGAUCUCGUGCUGUAUUUAUACCGCAACAACCUGCAGAAAUACAUUGAGAUCUACGUGCAGAAGGUGAAUCCCAGUCGUCUGCCUGUGGUUGUUGGCGGUUUGUUAGACGUGGAUUGUUCAGAGGACACCAUUAAGAGUCUGAUUCAGGCGGUACGUGGAGAUUUCAGUACCGAUCAGCUGGUGGAGGAGGUGGAAAAAAGAAACAGACUGAAGUUGCUGUUGUCCUGGCUGGAAUCCCGUGUGCAGGACGGAUGUAAAGAACCUGCUACCCAUAAUGCUUUAGCAAAGAUCUACAUAGACAGUAACAACAGUCCAGAACGCUUUCUCAGAGAGAACCCACAUUACGACAGCGUGACAGUGGGACAUUACUGUGAGAAGAGAGAUCCUCAUCUGGCGUUUGUGGCUUAUGAGAGAGGCCAACGUGACCUGGAACUCAUACAGGUCUGCAAUGAAAACUCUCUGUUUAAAAGCGAAUCGCGGUAUCUGGUGCGACGGAAAGAUCCGGAUCUUUGGGCCACAGUUUUAGAGGAGACCAAUCCUUACAGACGACCCCUGAUAGACCAGGUGGUUCAGACGGCUCUACCUGAGACACAAGAUCCAGAAGAAUUAUCCGUGACAGUGAAAGCGUUUAUGACGGCCGAUCUACCCAAUGAACUCGUAGAGCUACUAGAGAAAAUAGUGCUGGACAAUUCAAUAUUUAGUGAACACAGAAACCUGCAGAACCUGCUGAUAUUGACAGCGAUAAAAGCGGACCGAACACGUGUUAUGGAAUAUAUCAACCGCCUGGACAAUUACGACGCUCCUGACAUCGCCAACAUCGCCAUUAGCAAUGAGCUGUAUGAAGAAGCCUUCUCCAUCUUUAAGAAGUUCGAUGUCAACACCUCGGCAAUACAGGUUUUGAUCGAUCACACUGGGAAUCUGGACCGUGCGUAUGAGUUUGCGGAGCGCUGUGGUGAGGGAGCGGUGUGGAGUCGGCUCGCUCAAGCUCAGCUGCAUAAAGGUCUGGUGAAAGACGCCAUUGACUCUUACAUCAAAGCUGGAGAACCGUCUGCGUAUAUGGAGGUGAUCGAUGCAGCCAGUAAAAACGGUGACUGGGAGGAUCUGGUGAAGUUUCUUCAAAUGGCCAGAAAGAAAGCGAGAGAGUCUUACUUAGACACAGAGCUCAUCUUUGCUCUGGCCAAAACAAAGCGUCAUACAGAGCUGGAAGAUUUUAUCAACGGGCCCAAUAAUGCUCACAUACAACAAGUUGGAGAGAGGUGUUAUGAAGAUGAGAUGUAUGAAGCUGCCCGUCUGCUCUUUAACAACGUGUCUAAUUUUGCUCGUCUGGCGUCCACACUCGUUCGCCUCGGCGAGUUUCAAGCGGCUGUGGACAGCGCUCGGAAGGCCAGCUGCACACGCACAUGGAAAGAGGUGUGUUUUGCAUGUGUAGAUGGAGAGGAAUUCCGGUUAGCGCAGAUCUCCGGUCUUCACAUAGUGACUCACGCUGAUGAACUUGAAGAACUCAUCAGCUACUAUCGGAAUCGUGGGUAUUUUGAAGAGAUUAUCAUGUUGUUGGAGGCUGCAUUAGGAUUGGAGCGUGCUCACAUGGGCAUGUUUACUGAGUUGGCAAUACUUUACUCUAAAUUCAAACCGCAGAAGAUGAGAGAACAUCUGGAGCUUUUCUGGUCCAGAGUCAACAUCCCAAAGGUGUUACGAGCGGCAGAACAGGCCCAUCUGUGGGCGGAGCUUGUGUUUCUGUAUGAUAAAUAUGAGGAGUAUGACAACGCCGUUAUGAUGAUGAUCAGUCACCCGACAGACGCCUGGAGAGAUGCUUCAUUUAAAGAGCUCAUCAUCAAGGUGGCGAAUGUGGAACUCUAUUAUAAAUCUCUGCAGUUUUAUUUAGACUAUAAACCCCUUCUGCUCAAUGAUCUGCUCUCUGUUCUCACACCUCGACUGGACCACAACAGAACUGUCAACUACUUCAGAGGGGUGAAUCAAUUGAGGCUGAUUAAACCGUAUCUCAGAUCAGUACAGAGUCACAAUACCAGGGCUGUGAAUGAAGCCCUAAACAACCUGCUGAUGGAUGAAGAGGACUACCAGGGUCUGCAAGCCUCCAUAGACGCCUAUGAUAACUUUGAUUCUAUUGGUUUAGCUCAGCGACUGGAGUCACAUGAACUUCUGGAGUUUAGACGCAUCGCUGCGUAUCUCUACAAGAGAAACCAACGCUGGACUCAAAGCAUUCAGCUCUGCAAGAAAGACAAACUCUAUAAAGAUGCGAUGCAGUACGCCACAGAGUCGAAGGACGCUGAUCUGGCUCAGGAUCUUCUGCGUUGGUUUAUUCAGGAGGGUAAGCAGGAGUGUUUUGCAGCGUGUCUCUUCACCUCCUAUGAUCUUCUGUCUCCUGAUGUCGUUCUGGAGCUGGCCUGGAGAUACGGCCUCGUGGACUUCGCCAUGCCGUACUUCAUUCAGGUGAUGAGAGAGUACCUGAAAAAGGUGGAUGAGUUAGCCAGACAGGUGAAGGUGGAUGAACUUCAAGAUGCAGAAAAUAAAAGAGCAUCAGAAGAUGACAUCCCUGAUGCCACAUCCAUAGUUUUUGGACAACAAUUGAUGUUAAACGGCAAUCAAACACCCAUCACACCCCAGUCUAGUUUUUCGGGUUAUGGAUACACCGCUCCUGGAUUCGUUCCUCCAGCAUAUGGCUUCAACCCUCAGCCUUGAUUCUCCAACAGUGCUUCUGCUGCUAGGAAUUAUGGGAUAUAUGUCUGCUAUGCUGGACUUGCUGCAUACAAGAUGCCCGAUAAAAGCUGCUUCAAACAAACAAAACGCAGCACUAAAUACAACUUAUUUGUUGACUGACACAAUAAGCUGCUCAUGUUAAAAAUUUUUUUUUAAAAUAUAUAGAUAGUAUAAAACUACACUCCACAUCUCCACAGAUUGUCCAACUUUGACAUUUUAACAUUUCAACUACUGACAAUCCUUUCAGUUGUUUUGUCUUUAUACAUUUUAUCCCUGUCCAAUUGUUUUAUUUUGCAAAAAUUGCGUUUACGUUUAAAGUGCUACAAAAGUGAACAACACACUGAUAGUGAGAAUGCAAUGACGUCAUAUAUGCAUGUCGAGCGCUUCAGUCACGAGAACAAACGAAUGUUUAAUGGUACCCAGAAUGUCUGUAUCGCUCACGUAUCAGUAAAAGCUCUAGAAAUGCAUACGGUACAUGAUAAAGGAGUGUUUAGAUUCAUUUUUUAAUUUAAUUUUGCAUGUUUUACUGAUGUAUUCUGGCGCUGUCAGCAUCACUGCAAGCCGUAAGCACUGACUACAGUCAUGUAGGAGAAACUGAAUUUUAUAGGAAAAGAAAAAGUUAAGCAAAAUAUAUAAAUAGUGAUACUGGAUGAUGGAUGCACAGGUGGGGUGUUGUGCAUUUAUGUGUACACAGGAAAAUAAAGUUUACAUGCAUUAAACAUGCUGUUUGAUGUUACAGCAUCUCCA